AUGGAGAAAAGUUCUAUUGUUAUGGCUACUUGGAACCGUAUAGCUUCUAUGUUUGAGGAUAAUCAGAACUCUCGUGCUGUCGCUCUCGACCAGGAUUUCAUCUCCACUCGCAUGGAGGAUUUUUCUAAUGUUUUAGCCUACUGUCAGCGUCUGAAACAUAUCUCCGAUCAGUUAAGGAAUGUUGGUGCCCCAGUCAGUGACCAUCGUCUUGUUCUCCAGUUGGUCUCUGGUCUCACUGAGCCUUUUCGUGGUGUUGCCACCCUGAUCCGUCAGAGCGAGCUUUUGCCUCCUUUCCUCAAGGUCCGCUCCAUGCUGAUUCUAGAGGAAUCUGGUCUCGCCAAGAUGUCAGGCCCGACCUCUCAGACUGCUCUGCACGCCUCUGUCUCCCAUCCACGGCUGUAG